ACUGCAUAGCUCUCAUAUCCUUCAGUAUCACUCGGGCAGAAGCUGAGUCAGAGCACAGCAGCAGUCUGCGCUAUAGCAAGACAUGGCCCAAUUCAAGAUUCUGGACUGUGUGAUCAAUCACAAAUGGAGCUUCAUCUGUAACCUCUAUUGUGCUUGGAGUGGUCAGGCAUCAAAAAAUAAAGAUGGAAAAGAGCAAAGUGAAGCUAUAUCACCAUCAGAGGAAGAAGAAGCUUUCUCUUGGCCUGGUCCAAAAACUGUUGUGUUAAGGAGGACAUCUCAGGGUUUUGGCUUCACCUUAAGACACUUCAUAGUUUACCCUCCAGAAUCUGCAGUUCAAUUUUCUUUUAAAGAUGAAGAGAAUGGAAAUAGACAAGGUAUGUUUUAUUUUCAUUCUUUCACGGAUUCAGUAUGUUAAACGUUUAUCUCCAGCUAUGUAACAAACUUGAAUAACUACCUAAGAGUUUAAAAUGCAACAUUACUAAGUACCACCUUAAUGAAUUUCACGGCAUCAGAACAAAGGGAAGAAAAUGUAUUUUAGCUGCACCUGUUUAGCUUAUGCAUUUGCUACACUUUACUACUGUUUACAGUGUACUGCCAUACACACUGUGUCACUUGUGCUGCUCGUGCUAUUUUGUCAUAUGUUAGAAAAAAGGCAAAAACACAUUUGUUGCCUUUUUAGUGACGAAGUUUUUACACUCUUCUGUGCUUAGGCCGUACUGUUUUUCUGUGCAAAGUACUAUAAAGAGAUUGUGCUCACUGUCUGUAUUUGUAUAGGUACACUGUAGAGCACUUUUUUUUUUAAUGCAUCAGAGUGUAGCUGGUAUGAAAUUUGAUUCCCAUUGAGACUCACUCUGAUAGAAUCAGCACAGAAGUAUAUGAGCUUAGUGUCAAUACUGGCGAUAAAAAAAACAAACAUCUACAUGUAGUAUACAACCGUUGAAGAAAUAAUAUAAGUCUUGCCAGCCUAGUAAUGCUAUCUUCAGUAUUUAGUAGUAUUGAUAUAAUUUAUUUGGUCAUUUUCAGUGGUUUGUCUUUUUCGUGUACAUUUUGAAAUCCAUUGAAUAUUCUUCCGUGAUGUCAGAUAGAAUUUGUGAAUAAGACUAUCUUGUGCUUUACUAGGAGGGAUGGAAUAAAAACUUAUUUCUAGGUUACGUGUGUCAGUUCCGCUUUGUUUUCAUAGCUUUCUCCAUGUUACAUUGCAUUUGUCUGCUCUCUUUUUAAAAAUACACUAAUUAGCUUCUUUUCAUUAAGCAGAACUACAUCUCGGUCUCACCUAAUCAAAAUUUCUCGUCAGCAUUUAGUUGUUUCCAUGUUCAUGCUUCUUCCCUUCUUCUUCUUCUUCUUCUUCUUCUUCUUUUC